CUUAUACGUGACGCAAAGCGCUCACCUUCACCACGCAUGAUGGAGGAUUAGGAGAGGAAAACGAAAGUCCGGACCUGUACGGAUGAGCGCCCAGGAUGCUUCCUUUGUGGACUUCUGUUCUGGCGGCCUUAUUGUCCUGGCGGCCUGUGAGUUGCCUGGCCGCCGACUCUCAUCAGGAGCCGGAGACUCCGGACUGGAGGAUGACUCUGAAAACCAUCCGGAACGGCGUGCAUCGCAUCGACAUGUACCUGAACGCGGCCCUCGAGCUCUUCGGAGGGGAGGACGGACUGUGUCACUACAAGUGCAUGGACGGGUCCAAAGCAAAGCCUCGCUACGGGUACAGACCCCCACCACCUAAUGGAUGCGGCUCUCCUCUGUUCGGAGUCCAUUUUGACAUUGGCAUCCCUUCCAUGACGAAAUGUUGUAACCAGCACGACCGUUGCUACGGCACCUGUGGCAGCCAAAAGCAGGACUGUGAUGAGGAGUUCCAGCAGUGCCUCUCCAAGAUCUGCAGAAACGUGCAGAGGACGCUGGGCUUGUCAGAAAGCAUUCAAGCUUGUCACUCGGCUGUGGGACUUCUUUUUGACACCGUGAUGCACUUGGGAUGUAAGCCUUAUCUGGACAGCCAGCGAGCCUCGUGUAUCUGCAGCUACCAGGAGAAAUUGGACCUCUGAGCCGUUUUCACGUUUUUCUAUUUUUUUAUUCCUUCUUUCUGUCUACACCGUGAGAUGUUGUGUCUUUUUCCUGGGAAUUAAAGCUGUAGACUGAACUCUA